CGAAAGCCGGAUCAUCCUCUUCAGCGACCCGAAGACCGAGAACAUCUUUCUCUUUCCGACUUUCCCAACAAGAAAUCUCCUAGUAAAAAAGAACUAUCGCACGUAUGUACUCAAUUUUCUUUUCAAAAGAAACUUUCGUAGUUCGAUUUUGUAGCCUUCGUUAGUAUCUCAACGCUGUAUUGCGCUCUCUCACAGCUAUGAAAAGCAGCAUCCAUCAGACCAAGUAGAUCCACGACAACGUCCGCACAAUAAGGUCAAGACCCAGCGAGCAACUCCGGUUUGCUGCUGUCAUCUUGGGCGGACUUUUCAUCUUGAAAGACUUCUUGUUCUACCCCCAUUGUAGAAGCACAUACAAGCAGCAUGGUCCUCAAGCGUACGUUCGCUUGCUUCACCGCGUACUACGCGUCGGUUGCACACGCGGCCGCGGGAGGUAAGAAUGCGGUUGCCAGCGAAGUCGCAGAUUUGAAAGACCAGCUGGCGAAGAAAACUGAGGUAAGGACUUUUUGCCUGACAACUGGCUUGCCGUGCGCAUCAUGCGGCAUGAGAAACGUAAAAAAAGACCCUCCGUUUGGAAAAUGUGCAUGACGACAAAAAAUACACAACUAAAACAGGAAGCAGCAACGUGUGAGGAGGCUAAGGGCUCCGCAGAAUUUAACCUGGGACAGCUGCAGCAACUGGCGCAACAAAAGCUUACAGAGGCUGAAACGCAAAUCAAGGAGUUGGAGGGAAAAUUGGAGGCAGAGAAAGGUAUGAUUAAUGGCUUAAUAGAUUCGUGUGCGUUUAUUUCUUUGACUUAGUAUGAAAGUGUAAGCGAUGUCGAUGAAAAAACAGAAAAGCGGCAGAGGCGUGACUGUAGAAAAAAAACUGCGCUAUUUUAGAGAGGAAGAGGAAAACCAGAACUCCCUUGAAAAUUUGACAAUACAGCUGACGCCGAGGCAAAAAUAGAGAAGGUUUUGGAUAUCGUACGAAGAAAUUAUUUCACUGUAAUGACCUUGCACGAUCCGUAGAACGGCUGCAAAACGCAUGGCAAAGAAAGGAAAUCUGUCAUCGUGGGCACCUUCUGUCCCGCUAAGAGAAGGAGAUGCAUUUCCUUGCAAUUCAAAAGAAAAGAGACGAAUCUGCCUUUUAUCCUCCGCACUUUACAUUCACAGUGAAGCAAUUUUCUUCGUGGAUAUCGGCCCAGCAAAAUGGAAUCGUGGAGGAGAUACAGCUAUGCAUAUAGCAAAAAUGUCUUGGUCUGGAGCUUCGCAGCGCAGCUAGCGUCUACAACCAUACAUGGUGCGUACCAACGAGACCACGACUCCUUGCUUGUUGUGCAAAAAGGCAACUUGCAAGGGAUGGUCAGCAUAAACAACAGCAACACAUCGGUACAAAAUAAAGAACUUCUGUGGAUGAGAGUGUCAGUAUCGUAUGCCGGCCAUCCACAUAAUGGCAUGAAUGACGACUUGCCAGACUCAGACAUAGUUGCAAUGCAUACUAGCAGAAGGCAGACAAAAAGGUCAAAGAUGCGGAGAAGAAAGCUAAGAAGGCGGGAGAAGCAGGUAUGAAAGUUUUGGAAAAGGGUCUCUUUUGGAAAACGCAUAGAGUAUCACAUUUCAAUUUUUAUUCGCAAACUAUUCAGUUGGGUACAUAGCAUACGCAUAGGCAAAAGAUGCACAAAUAAAGACCACCAGACUUACCUGUUUUUAUGUGAUUCUCGUGUUCACAUCCCCCUUAAACAUCUUCCCCAACAGCUUCACCAUCACCCGAACAAGCACAGCUGGCAGAGAAGUAUGAGGAGCUGAAGAAGAAGUAUGCCGAUCUGAAGAAAACGGCGGACGACGACGCCGACGCGACGCAGCGAGCCAACGACGAGCUGGCCACCCAAAUAAAGGCCGCGAAGGAAGAAGUGAAAAUGGCCAAAAAAGCCGUCGCCGACGCAGAGAAAAAGUCCGAAGCGGCAGAAAAGAAGUCCAAAAAAAUGGCGGAAGGAGGCGCGUCACCAUGGGGUGGAUACGUGGACUUCGCACUAGUCGGGAAGUUGUCGGGUGAGGACUUUAGUUUGAUUGGUUUUUAUUGGAUGUGAUUUUUUCACACUGGUUGAAAAUCUAAAUCAUGGUCAUGAGUAUCAGUAUACCUCACUCGCGCCGCCGUGGAGGCACAACGGCGCGGGAAUUUACGCAAACAAAUAGAACAAUAGGGCUCAAGGCGGUGUAAAUAGCUAGGCGUCAGCAAUGCAUGAAAACGAAGAUGAUAUUAGCUAGGCAAGCUUCAAGAAAUAAGAGAGCGACAGCACUACAAGGAAGAAAGAAAACCUACGGCCAUCCAUGCUCGGGCCAAAAGUCGGGGCGCGUUUGCUAGUAUAUCGCAAGGGCCCGUCGAGAAGCACUGCGGCCCCCGCUCGGUGCAGGUCUGCCUACGUACUGCCUGGUCGCCGUCUCGUUCUAGCCUGCUUCCUUGCCGAUUUUGGCUGUUUUCUUUCGGCCGGCGGCCAGUCGGAUAAGGCAGAAGACGCAGGGGCUUGGGUUCUCCCUCUGUCGGCUGGGCAGCUGAAGGAGCCCGCAGCAACUCGCACGAAACUCCGCAGCGGCCCAGCGCCGCAACAGGUUCUGUCUAAUAGGAGGCGGACGAAAGGGCGGGGCUAGCUCUUUGGCUGCGUGUCCAGGUGGCCGCGGUCGGAUGAGAAGAGCUCUGAACCAAAAAAGAGCCGCAGCCCUUCCGGUUGCGCGCCGCUUUGGCGCAUUCGCUUGGGCGGUAGCAUGGGCGCGGGCGCCCGGGCCGCCAUUGCCUCUGGCUGGCUGGCUACCCAAGGCGCGGACGCGUCGGCGCCUUUCGGCUUGCCCCGCCACGCAGCUGGGAAAGGCGCGGCGAAGUCUCUCCUGCGUGUCGCGCGUGGCCAGCGGGCAGCAGGUAUCCGGGGUUUUUUAGUUUUCCCGCCCAUUGCCAUAGCCGAGUAAAAAGUGGGCAGGCUGGCCGGAGGGUAUGCGUUGAGGUUUUUAUCACUAAGCACAAGGGAAAAGAGGCGCCGGCGGCUUUUGUCCGCCGCCUUCUGGCCGAGAUGCUUGGCCAAUUAGUGGAAACGGUCCGGGGUGAUGCGCGUACCAUUGGGGGCGGUGCGCCCCGGAGGUUGUCUUUUCUGUUUCCGGUUGCAGCCGGGCCCCCGGCCCCAGCCAGAGAGAAGGCGGCCGGGCAGGGCGGCGCCGGCUCGCUUGCGGGACCGGGGCGACGUUUUCUUGCGUCCAGAUCGUUGGCCCGGAGCGGCGGCGCGUCUGCGUCUGGACUUGAAAUAUAUAAGCACUGGGGGCGCGCGAGUUUCUGUUUUUCGGCGAGGAGUAGCUACCCUGGGGAGUUUCGCAGUCGUAAUUGAACUGCAGAAGAGCUCAACUGGGAUGAAGCUAUUGGGCCCGCGGCGCCCCUCUUCCUCAUAGGCAGCCUGGGAAGUUGAUUCGUCUAGCUCUUCCGGCGUUUUUUUCGGGCCGUUUUGUAAAAAAACCUCUAGAGCUUUGACCCAUAUUUGAGCCAACUUUUCCCAAUCAUAGCAUGCUGAUUUGCAAUUCGCCGUCUCUGAACGUCUAGAGCUCAUAUCACACAAGUUUGUUGCAAUAGUGUCGCGCUUCAGAAGAAAAUAGAAGCAAAAAAGUGCUUAGGUCUAGAGCUUUGAGCCAACUUUUGCCCAACUUUGAGCCAAGUCCUGGCUGCAACAGCGUGGAGAUUCACGAAAAAAGUCGGCCCCUAUAGCUUUCGCCCAGCUUUUACAACAGCUUUGAGCCAAGUCGCUGUCAGUACUAUAGGUCUCUCUACUAUCUUUACCACGACGACACUUUGAUCGUUGUGCACACUCCCGUGCAACAUCCUGGUUCAAAAUUAUGCAACACUACUUAAGGCGUUUUCUACAAGAACGUGCUGCAGACGCACUUUCAGAACCUGAGCGCGGUGAUGGAUAAGCAAGGCGCCGGCCUGAAAACCAACAUGUGCCAGCUCUCCCAGACGGUCGGCGCAAAUCUGAAGGACGGCGCGUCGCUGGCCUACGCAAAAACGAUAUCAACUGUAAAAAUGUCUGGGUCUGGAAGAUUCUGAGACUUGUCAUGCAUGUUCUGCCUGGGCCAUGAUGUCUGUGAUGCAUGCCCUAGCGUCACAGAUUUUUUGAGGGCCUCGCGAUGCCUGUUCCGCAUGACAAAUGCCCUCUCCGCCUAGCAAGAAUUACACUCCCUUUGCUGCUCCUGCAAUACAGAUUUUUUUGGAAUCCAAAUUCAGCAUCACAAGUUGCAUUCUUCCAGACCCAGACACUUUUACAUUUGAUAAACGACAGAUCUGUACGAAAACUCCGUGCAGCCGCAGAUAGAGGCCGGCUUGGCGCAUAUGAAAUGGAAAAAUGUGAAUGUCUGGGUCUGGAAACUCAAACUUGUGAUGCAAGUCAGUCAAUAACAAAUGCACUGUAAUGCGCCGCCAAGCAUGACAAGUUGCUUCGUGCUUCUGUGCUGCGUAUUCCGCAUGAGAAAUUGCGUUUUUGCAUGACACGCGAGAGAGGCUGUUUCCGGCCACGCAACACAGAUUUAAGGGCCAUGCCAGAUCAGCAUGACAAAUCUCGCAAUCUUCCAGACCCAGACAUUUUUGCAUUUGAUAGCGCAGGGUCACGUGCUGUACCGGGUGCACGCUGCAAAGCACUUAGACCCCUUGGUGCUCACGGCCUCGAAAACCUACCAGAGUCUGAACGUCGACAAACACGUCAACACGGCGCUCGCCGCUGCGCAAAACGCCACGGGAGACAUGUACUGCUCUGUCGUCGACAAAAAAUCCAUUUUUUUUUUUCGUGUACGUAUGUCGGCAAAUCGCGAUCCACUUGUAUGAAGUUCAAGCAGACGGCUCCGAUACACUCAUUGAAAGGGCCGCUUGGUGGAUGAAAUUGUUCAUCAAAAACAAACUUCACUACCGCAGGUACACCUUCACCGUGGAGAAGGCCAUCCCGCAGGCGACUGAGUUGCUGAGCAGCAAAACCGCGGUGGAAGACUUGAAGACUUUCAUCUACCAGCCACUAACGUAUCAAAAGGAAAAAACCCCCCACCCCAUAUCGAAAAGGAAAAUUGUGAUGCUGGAUUUGCGUACACAAAUCCGAGGCGUCUUGCUGGAGAACACUGAAGGCCCAUACCAAGUGUGAGUAGCGAGGUUUUGGCUUAGGCACUUAGCAUGAAAAACAUCCGCGCUGUAGGCCGAACAGCAUGACAACCCGCCUGCACAAUGCGGCGGAGCCUGCGGAGUUGCCUUCUUGCAAGACAGACACGAUUUGUUGCCACAAAUCAGCAUCACAAAUUUCCAAAAAUAUACCUUUUCAGUAUGGGGAGGGGGGAUUUUUCCUUGCAAUAUAACGCUGCAGGUCUUCGGAGAAGAAGUCAAAUUUACCAACGGCGCCUGGGACCUCCUCGUCCUCCUCAUCGGCGGAAUUUUCUUGAGCUACUUCGUGGUACUACUUGCAGAAUUUUCACUGGAUGACAUUUUGUUGUACUUCAUUUGUUUAUGUUCCCCCCCCGAUGAGCGCGCACCGGUUCAUAGCAAUGGUUAUGGUCUAGCACGACCUCCUCGUCGGCGUGUUGAUGCAUUUGUACAAGAAUGCAGCUUUUCUUACACUUCUGCAGCAGAUGAACUCCACCAACCAAAAUACCCCAGUUGUACCAGUUUGUCCUGAAGUUUCUCGUCUACAAGCUCCUCCUGAAGGUCCUGCUCUACAGAGUCGUGUUGUGCUUCCUCUUCCGCAAAGUCGUCGUCUCUCUGGUGAUCGGCGUCAGCUGGAAACUUCUCUCCCUCGCCUUCUCCACCGUGAUCUUUUUCCUCAAGCUUUUGAUGUGCUGCGGCUGCUGCGGCCUGUGCUUCCGCAGGUCGAAGCCGACGGCUUUGACGCCACGAAAGCUCCCCACGAAGCCAGCCAGCCCGGGGGCCGUGCAAAUGACGCAAGCCGGGUCGAAGAAAAAGCGCUAAGCAGAAAGAGUAGUAGUAGUUGGGUUUGUGUGACGAGCAUUUGUGCCUCCAGUAGUACUGGAGGAAAACAUGCCACCAGAUAUCGUGGCGCUGCCCGUCGAUUCUCGUGGAAAAGAAUGAUUGUAAUAUCAUAUCAAUAUCAAAUAGGUCCGGCAUGUCCGUCAAAAUAAAAUGUUCUCGUCUAUAAAAGUGCCUUCCCCGCAUGAUGUUUUCUACUGAAUGUACCCGUUUUUAAAACAGAUGUCCAAGAGAAUGUUUGAGCGCAUGAUGAAGGUACCACGGCACAUCAUUUUUUUGGCAAGAAGAAAAACGACAUAUCGACAUAACUUUCACAAAAUAAGUGCAAGCGCAGCUCCACGACCUAGCGUUAGGACGUGCAUGAGCGGUGCUAGUAGUCAUGUUGCAUGUCGAAGGGCGGAUUUUCAAAAUCCUCAUCACAACACAUCUGGGACAAAAGAGAGUUGUUUUGUUUUCAUCUGGCGACGUCGCAUUCGCAUAGCUGGCCGCAGGCAAAUGAAAAAAGAAUGGCACGUCACCUGGGUCCGUUUUUCUAGAGACAACCAGGUCAACAUCCGACAUCCUUUCUUCG